AUGACGCGUCUUCGACCUACUUCGUAUCGUUUGUUUGGCAUCGACCCUUGUACCCAAGUUGAAUUGCUGUCCAAGCUGCUGCGCUACGUGCGCGUGUGCGACGCCGUGUACGCGUCGACGGUGGCCGGCUUCUGCGAGGAGGCCGGCGUGCCCCGAGAGCGCGUGCUGCGCGCGCACCCGGGCGGAGUGGUGUCGCCCAAGUGCGUCAUCGUGGCCGACCACGAGCACCGGGAGCUGGUGCUGACGGUGCGCGGCACGGCGUCGCUGCUGGACUUCUGCACGGACCUGUGUCUGCAGAACGAGCCGUUCCUAGCCGGCCAGGGCCACCGCGGCAUGGUGCACGCGGCCACGUGGCUGGUGCGCCACCUCCGCAACGAUCUGCAGGAGCUCUCUCAGCAGUACCCGGACUACCGCGUCGUGGCGACGGGCCACAGUCUGGGCGCGGCCGUGGCGGCGCUCAGCGCCAUGCAGCUGCGGGACGAGUUCCCGAGCAUCCACUGCUACGCGUUCGGCACGCCCGCCUGCGUCACGCGGGAGUUGGCGACGGAGAGCUACGACCUCGUCACGACGGUCGUGAAUGGCUACGACUGCGUGCCGCGCUUGCACCAGCACUCGCUGCUGGAUCUGCAGGAGGAGAUCCAGCGCUUCGACUGGCGGGCAGCGCUGCGGCAAAUGGUGCAGGAGGAGAUUCGCAAGCAGAAACUGGCGAUCGAGAAGCAGCAACGCGCCAAGUUGGAGGAGCUACAGGCGGCACUGAGGAAACUGGAUCGCCUCCAGAUCAAGCAGAGGACGAGCGAAGCAACGGCGAAGCUGGAUGAAGUCAAAAGGGUGCGGUGA